AUGUCCCGUAAGAUUCGAUGGGAUGCGGGAGCACUGCAGGCCGCUCCGCCCGGGCUUCAGACGUUCAGACAAACCCAAGGGAGCCGCCUGAAUGGCUUCUCUCCAUCUCCACUGUGGCUAGCGCUGGGGCUCGCCGGAGAGGGCCGCGGCCUGGAAGCCAAUUUGAAAUCUGCUGUUGAUGGAGCACCGAGGUCUUUGGUAUCCUUCUGGCUCCGCUUUUCCCCACGGCAAUGUGUGAGACGAGGGCCUUUUGCAGUGGAACCGGUGCUGGGAGUGGGUGCGGUAACCCACGAUCUAGACCCAGAGCCAGUGUCUAGAGAGUUCAGCUCCAGAAGUGCGAUAUGGGCUCAGUCGCUGCCGGUCCCAGCGUUCCAGCAUCCUAGCAUCCUAGCAUCCAAACCAGCCCGGCUGGGCGUGCUGGUGUUUCUACCGUGUGGCUAUGCGGGUACCUACCUUGGCAAGGCUUCUCCUUGGUCUGGACAUGGAAACUGCAUUGCUACCCACUACCUGCUCGGCUUGUUUCCAAGCCUGGCCUUGGUCUCGCUCACUGCCGUACCGUCCGUCGACAGUGUUGGGAAACGAGGUCAGAAACGGGGCGUGUGAGUGCUACUGCACGUAGUCUACGUAUUGCUGCACACACUAAAUCCCCAAUGCCAAUGCGCGACUGGGCGUCCAACCGAAGCCAGGUCGUCCAUAUCGCCUGCUCACCUACUUAUCUGC